UCUUCUUCUUCUUCUUCUUCUUCUUCAAGACUGAAACCCAGCUCUGAUCGAGAUCCACCUCAUUUUUCGCUCAGACAAAAACACAUUGACCUCAUUCUCCUCUCGCCCUGAAUUUUCUGCAUCGACGAUGGCCAAUGCAGCCUCAGGAUUUUCUGUGGAUGAUGAUUGCAAACUAAAGUUUUUGGACUUGAAGGCCAAAAGAACUUACCGUUUCAUUGUAUUCAAGAUUGACGAGAAACUGAAACAGGUAGUAGUGGAGAAAUUAGGUGAGCCAGCUCAAAGCUAUGAAGAGUUCACCGCAAGCCUUCCUGCUGAUGAAUGUAGAUAUGCUGUCUAUGAUUUUGACUUUGUGACUGCUGAAAACUGUCAGAAAAGCAGGAUAUUCUUCAUUGCUUGGUCCCCUGAUACAUCAAAGGUGAGAAACAAGAUGAUUUAUGCGAGCUCCAAGGACAGGUUCAAAAGAGAAUUGGAUGGUAUCCAAGUAGAGCUGCAGGCCACUGACCCAACUGAGAUGGAUCUUGAUGUUAUCAGAAGCCGUGCUAACUAAGAAGUGGCCUUUGCAAUGUCCAUUUUGCUCAAGUUCUUUUUCAAUUUAUGCCAAUGUUCAUAGUUUGUGGGGCUGUGGACCUAAUUGAGUUGUAAAACUUGGCUUGUUGUUAAGGUUUAUCUUGAUGUAGAACAAUGGAGAACAAAAUUCAGUUGUCUCAAUUUACUUAGGAAUAUAAACACUCAGGCCAUGAGUGAAGUCCUUGCGUCUCCCACAUUUUUAUAUUUUGAGACCAAGUUGUAUCUUCUCCUGAUGGUUGAAAUCUGGGUUUGUGUUUGA